UAUCGGGUUGGGAUAUAUUAGGUAAUUUGGGAAUGACGAGCCUCGGCAUCAACUUCAUCUGGAUCCCUCGGCCUCACUCUCUCUCCUCCGUCGAGAUCUCCCUCAGCUCCGCUUCCGAUUAUCCUGCUCUGUAACCCUAAUUUGACCUCUUGAUUUUUGAAGAUUUUCGGAGGUCUGGAGCUUGAUUCGGCUGUCAGGAGUUUGGUGCCUGUGACUGAGGGGCCUAGACGAGAUCUUUUUCUGCAUGGACAUAUCUCCUCUUCAGAAUUGUCCUGUUGCAUAGCUGUGCCUAGCCUGUUUUAUGAAGAUCAAUCAUUUGAAAUAUGCACGCAAUCCAUUUAUGAGGAAAAAAUCAAAUUGGAUGCUUGAAUUUGGGGUGGGCUUGGGUGCAUAGAGAUGCCAAGCCAAGCACUGCUACCCUUUAUCUCGAGAAGAUGUUUAGAUAUGAUGAUUCUUUUGGGUCUUUUAGACGGGAGAGAUAUGAGGGAUUGUAAACCUUCAGGAUCUGGAGAACUACUGUUCUAGUUUAUUAUAAGAAAUGGAAUCAUCUGUCAGUCGUUUAAGAGACACAUCUGUAGUCGUUGUUACUCUGGAUACUAGUGAAGUAUAUAUCAUUGUCAGCUUGUCUUCUAGGACUGAUACUCAGGUAAUUUAUAUUGAUCCAACAACUGGAGCACUUUGCUACAGUGGGAAGCUGGGUUAUGAUGUAUUCGGAUCAGAAAAGGAGGCUUUGGAUUAUAUCACAAAUGGUUCAAGUUGGCUUUGUAAGAGUGUAACUUAUGCCAGGGCAAUAUUGGGUUAUUCAGCCGUAGGAAGCUUUGGGUUGCUUCUGGUUGCCACAAAGUUGACUGCCAGCAUUCCAAAUUUGCCUGGUGGAGGGUGUGUAUAUACAGUAGCUGAGAGCCAGUGGGUCAAAGUUUCACUUCAAAACCCUCAACCCCAGGGUAAAGGAGAAGCUAAGAAUAUUCAAGAAUUGACAGAGCUUGAUAUUGAUGGAAAGCACUACUUCUGUGAAACGAGGGACAUUACUCGUCCCUUUCCAAGCCAUAUGCCCUUGCACAAGCCUGAUGAUGAAUUUGUUUGGAAUAGAUGGUUCUCAAUGCCAUUCAAAAAAAUUGGCCUGCCCCAGCACUGUGUCAUCCUUCUGCAGGGAUUCACAGAAUGCCGAAGUUUUGGAAGCUCAGGUCAGCAAGAAGGAAUGGUUGCUCUCACUGCUCGUCGUAGUAGGCUGCAUCCUGGUACUCGAUACUUGGCUAGGGGGUUAAAUUCGUGUUUUAGCACGGGAAAUGAAGUGGAGUGUGAACAACUUGUAUGGGUUCCAAAGAGGGCUGGCCAAAGUGUUCCUUUCAACACAUAUAUUUGGCGACGGGGCACUAUUCCAAUCUGGUGGGGUGCAGAAUUAAAGAUCACGGCUGCAGAAGCAGAAAUAUAUGUUGCAGAUCGCGAUCCUUACAAAGGAAGUGCACAGUACUAUCAAAGGUUAAGUAAGAGAUAUGAUUCUCGCAACUUAGAUGCAACUGUUGGCUCAAAUCAGAAGAAAAAUGCUUUCGUCCCUAUUGUGUGCAUCAAUUUGCUAAGGAAUGGAGAAGGAAAAUCAGAAUCCAUUCUAGUUCAGCAUUUUGAGGAAUCUUUGAACUAUAUUAGAUCAACUGGUAAACUUCCAUAUACUAGAAUUCAUUUGAUAAACUAUGACUGGCAUGCCAGUAUAAAAUUCAAAGGUGAACAGCAAACAAUUGAAGGACUGUGGAAACUUCUAAAAGCACCCACAGUAUCUAUAGGCAUCUCUGAAGGGGAUUACCUGCCUUCACGGCAGCGAAUUAAGGACUGCAGAGGUGAAAUUGUUUAUAAUGAUGACUUUGAAGGGGCCUUUUGCUUAAGAUCACAUCAAAAUGGAGUGCUACGGUUUAAUUGCGCAGACUCUUUGGAUAGAACCAAUGCUGCUAGUUUCUUUGGUGCCCUCCAAGUUUUUGCAGAGCAGUGUAGACGACUGGGGAUAUCACUUGACACUGACUUUGUCUAUGGUUAUCAGUCUUAUAGUAAUCAGGGUGGGUAUACUGCCCCUUUACCCCAAGGCUGGGAGAAAAGGUCUGAUGCAGUGACAGGAAAAACAUAUUAUAUUGAUCAUAACACUAGGACCACAACUUGGGAACAUCCAUGUCCGGAUAAACCUUGGAAGAGAUUUGAUAUGACAUUUGAGGAGUUCAAGAGGUCAACAAUUUUAUCGCCAGUAUCUCAAUUAGCUGAUAUUUUCCUGCUUGCUGGGGAUAUUCAUGCAACACUUUAUACGGGUUCUAAAGCAAUGCACAGCCAAAUCCUUAGCAUAUUUAAUGAAGACGCUGGAAAAUUUAAACAGUUCUCUGCAGCACAGAAUAUGAAGAUCACUUUGCAGAGAAGAUAUAAAAAUGCAGUUGUGGAUAGCUCACGUCAAAAGCAGCUGGAGAUGUUUCUUGGACUUAGGCUUUUCAAGCAUCUUCCAUCAGUCCCUGUUCAGCCUUUACAUGUGUUAUCUCGGCCAUCUGCUUUCUUUCUUAAGCCAGUUGCCAACAUGUUCCCUAGUUCCAAUGGUGGAGCUGCUCUUCUGAGUUUCAAGAGAAAAGACCUAAUCUGGGUUUGUCCCCAAGCUGCAGAUGUGGUCGAACUUUUUAUUUAUCUUGCUGAGCCUUGCCACGUUUGUCAACUUCUUCUCACAAUUUCACAUGGUGCAGACGAUUCAACUUUUCCAUCCACAGUUGAUGUACGAACAGGAUGCACUUUAGAUGGGCUUAAACUUGUUCUGGAGGGUGCUUCUAUACCUCAGUGUGCAAAUGGGACAAAUCUUUUGAUACCACUACCUGGACCAAUAAGUGCUGAGGAUAUGGCUGUAACUGGAGCAGGUGCACGCCUCCAUGAUCAAGAUACAUCUAGCCUUUCAUUAUUGUACGAUUUUGAAGAAUUGGAGGGAGAAUUGAAUUUUCUUUCUCGUGUGAUUGCAAUUACAUUUUAUCCUGCUGUUUCUGGAAGAAGCCCUAUAACCCUUGGUGAGAUAGAGGUACUUGGAGUUUCUCUUCCUUGGAAGGAUGUGUUUUCUAAAGAGGGCCAUGGUGCAAGGUUAUAUGAGCUCGCCCAAAAAUCUCAAAAAGAAACCAACCCUUUUUUGUUUGCUUUAGACACCAAUCCAUUUGCUGCUGCUUCUUUAUCCAAUGAAACUCUGCCACAGACUGUGCAAACUGAUGCUUCUGCCAAUUGGCUGGACCUUUUGACUGGAGAGAGUAAGCCUUCAGAAUCCAUUUCUCAGCCAGAGGGGGGGAAUGUCACGUAUGGAGGAGGUGACUUGCUUGCUUUCUUGGAUGAUACUAUCACUGGAAAUGAGGGUGCUGAAGCUGACAAUAUAUUUUCUUCAUCAAAAGAUGGAAGAACAUCAGAUAGUGGGGCCCAGCAAUAUAUAAAUUGUUUGAAAUCCCUUGUGGGUCCAAAUAUGGGAAGGAAACUAAAGUUCACAGAAGCCAUGAAACUUGAAAUUGAACGCCUUCGGCUGAAUCUUUCUGCUGCUGAAAGGGAUAGAGCUUUAUUGUCAAUUGGUGUUGAUCCUGCCACUAUAAAUCCAAAUGUAUUGCUUGAUGAAUCUUACACAAGAAGAUUAUGUAGAGUUGCAGGUAGCCUGGCAUUACUUGGACAGACUUCUCUUGAAGACAAAAUUAAUGCUGCUAUCGGUCUUGAAAUUGUUGAUGAUGAUGUUAUAGAUUUUUGGAAUAUUAAUGCAAUUGGUGAAAGCUGUUGUGGUGGCAUGUGUCAGGUUCGUGCUGAAAGUCAGGCACCUGAACAUGCAUCCUCCAUGGUGUCGUCUUUACAAGGUUCGCAAUCUGUUUUCUUGUGUCUUAAAUGUCAGAGGAAGGCUUGUAAAGUAUGCUGUGCUGGGAGAGGAGCUCUUCUACUCGAAAGCUAUAGCUCAAGGGAGGUGACAAACUAUAAUGGUUUAUCGAGCCAGAGUGGAUCAAACCAUGGCAGCCAAGUUGAUGGCUGUACAAAUCGAUCAGUAAUGCUAGACGGGGUUAUCUGUAAAUACUGCUGCAACAAUAUUGUUCUUGAUGCAUUAAUCUUGGACUAUAUCAGGGUCUUGAUUAGCUUACGAAGAAGUGCCCGUGCAGACAAUGCUGCACAUAGUGCUUUAGACCAGGUUAUAGGAUUUUUCUCAAGAGAUCGUAUCUCUGAAAGAAAACAGUCAUCUGAUAAUCAGUCAGCUGUUAAAGUCCUGAGACAGUUGCUUAGUGGACAGGAAUCACUCGCUGAAUUUCCAUUUGCCAGCUUUUUACAUUCGGGUGAAACGGCAAAGGAUUCAGCACCAUUCUUGUCGUUGCUUGCACCUUUAAAUUCUGGAUCACAGAAUUCAUACUGGAAAGCUCCUCCAAAUAGCUCCAAUGUUGAAUUUGUUAUUGUUCUUAAUACACUUUCUGAUGUCUCUGGAGUUGUGUUACUUGUUAGUCCAUGUGGUUAUUCCAUGUCCGAUGCUCCUAUGGUGCAAAUCUGGGCCAGCAAUAAAAUACACAAAGAAGAAAGGUCAGCCGUGGGAAAAUGGGAUGUCCAAUCCCUGAUUGCUUCUUCCUCAGAAUGUUUUGGGCCCGAAAAGUCGGAUGGAGAGGGUGGAGUACCUAGACAUGUAAAAUUUGCCUUCCGGAAUCCUGUCCGAUGCCGCAUCAUCUGGAUAACAAUGCGUCUUCAGCGACCUGGUUCAAGUUCUGUUAGUUUUGAGAAAGACUUAAAUCUUUUGUCUCUAGAUGAGAACCCUUUUGCACAACCACCCAGUCGGCGUGCCUCUUUUGGAGGAGCAGUUGAAAGUGACCCAUGUCUUCAUGCCAAAAGAAUUCUAGUAAUGGGGAACCCAGUGAGAAAAGAUGCGGAGCUUACAUCAUCACAAAGUUCUGACCAAUUAAAUGUGAAAAACUUGUUGGAUAGAGCUCCACAAUUAAAUCGGUUCAAAGUUCCGAUUGAAGCUGAGAGGUUGAUAGGCAACGAUAUUGUCUUGGAACAAUAUCUCUCCCCUGUUUCACCUUUGUUGGCUGGAUUUCGUCUUGAUGCUUUCAGUGCAAUAAAGCCUCGAGUUACCCAUUCACCAUCUUCAAGUGCAGAUUUCUGGGAUUCAUCCCUAACGUGUUUAGAGGACAGACACAUCUCCCCAGCUGUAUUAUAUAUCCAAGUAUCUGCUCUCCAGGAGUCUCACGAGAUAAUAGUUGGAGAAUACCGGUUGCCAGAGGCUAAGCCUGGAACUUCAAUGUACUUUGAUUUCCCUAGGCCGAUACAGGCCCGUCGGAUCUCAUUCAGACUUCUAGGAGACGUUGCCGCAUUCAUAGACGACCCGUCGGAACAGGAUGAUUACUACGAUUCUAAAAUCUCACCGUUGGCAUCAGGGUUGUCCCUUUCAAGUAGGAUUAAGUUGUAUUACUAUGCCGAUCCCUAUGAACUUGGGAAAUGGGCUAGCCUUUCGGCUAUCUGAGAGUACAUUCAUUUCAUAGUCACAGAGUAAGAGAUUUGAGGGAGGAGUAUAUGAUUGGUUUUUCACA